CCACGAGUACAAAGCAGAGGCAAUUCUAAGAGUGACCAUCAAACCUCAGGUAAACACAAAGCAUUACGUGAAGCUGAAAUGGGCGUGGACACGCACGCUGCACAAGUUAAGGUUUUUUGUCGAAUCAAACCCAACUUUGAUGGUGGAGAUGAAUGCAUUACUUGCCUUGACGAGACCUCUUUAUCUAUUCAAAACACACGAAGCAACAUACACUCAUUUUGUCGAGUUUUCACUUCGAGCGACUCUCAGUCGGAGGUAUUUGGUGCUUGUCUCUUGCCGUAUGUCACGUCUGUACUUAAUGGAGAGAGUGUUUUGUUUUUUGAUUAUGGUGUUACUGGAAGUGGCAAAACCUACACUAUGCAGGGGACGAUGAGCGAUCCUGGAUUUAUCCCUCGCGCGCUCGAUACUAUAUUUAAUUCGAUCGCCUCAAAUUCUACUCUGAAAUAUGUAGGCUUAACUUCAGAGGCGAUUAUGGAUCGUCAACGAUUUGAUUAUUCGUCCAGAUUACGAACUCCUCUCAAGCCUGAUUACCCUCCAUCAUGUUUGGAUGGUCGGUUGGUCGAUCCCACCACUGUUCCCAUUCCUCGGAAUCAUUUAUAUUCCGUAUUCAUAACUUAUAUUGAACUGUAUAACGAUGUAAUUUAUGAUCUACUUGAGGUGCCUACUGAAGAUGCCAAUCGAAGCGUUUACGUCCAUGGGGUUACUGAACUGGAGGUUAAGUCCGCAAAUGAGGCCUUGAGGGCCUAUCAUCAAGGUCAGAAACGUCGACGUGUGGGUGCAACUGCGAUGAAUAAAGAAUCGAGUAGAAGUCACGGCAUUUUCACCAUCAGAAUCCUGGAUCCGAGAGAACUAACCGCAGUGGGACCACCGGUGGACGACUUAAGGAAGCAGGUAAGCUUACUUUGGCUAAUCCUUUUUUGCGGUCGGUCUGCAAAAGUUUUAUUUGUAUCGCUUCUAUUAGCCACAAUUAACAAGUCGCUCCUAACCCUGCGUAAAUGCGUUGAAGUGCUAAGGAUGAACCAGUCUGCGCGCGUCUGUCAAAAUCCAACCGUGCAGCAGCAAAUCGUUCCAUACAGAGACUGCAAAUUGACACGGCUCUUCAAAUCAUUUUUCGAGGGCUGUGGUCAAGUAGCCAUUCUAGUAUGUGUACAUCCAACCCUGGGUGAAUAUUCCGAGACGGUUGUGAGUGUUGCUUUCCUAUUUCCCAUAUUU